AUGCUUUUUCGAUUUCGGUUUCCUUUGAUAAAAUUUUGCAGAACCUAUUCUACGAAACAUGAACCUAUACAUCGAAUUAUUUAUUCAUCAUCGACAAAUAUUUGGUUCAAUUUAGCAACAGAAGAAUGGCUAUCGAAGACAAUUAAACCCAAUGAACAUAUUUUAUUUCUUUGGCAAAAUGAUAAAUGUGUUAUUAUCGGACGAAAUCAAAAUCCUUGGAAAGAAUGUUUUCUGGAACGAAUGAACGAUGAUGGCGUGUUAUUAGCACGACGACGAUCCGGUGGUGGUGCCGUCUAUCAAGAUUUAGGCAAUACAUGUUUUACAUUUCUUAUUUCACAAGCUCAUCAUCGAUUAGAUAAAAAUCUCAAUUCAGAAAUUCUUCUUGACGCUCUACAAUCGUCAUUUAAUAUUGAAGGUCAUAUUCAUGGUCGAAAUGAUCUUGUUUAUGGUCCGGAUAAACGUAAAUUUUCUGGUUCUGCUUAUCAAAAUACGAAUAAAUUUGCUCUUCAUCAUGGCACAUUAAUAACUGACGUCGAUACUAAUGCUAUGAAAAAAUAUUUAAAUCCAAAUAAAGAAAAAUUAAUAUCGAAAGGUGUUGAUUCCGUUCAAGCACGUGUGAUUAAUUUAUGCGAAGUCAAUCGAUCUCUAAAUCAUAAAGAUCUGUGUUUAGCUAUUGAAGAAUCUUAUCGGCAAACAUAUUCAAAAUAUAAAAUUCAAUCAGCUGAAAUUCUAUCGCGGGAAACGCUCGACUUAAUACCUGACUUGAAUGCAUCAUAUGAACUGUUUAGUGACUCACAAUGGCGUUUUGGUCAAACAUUUUCUUUUACGCAUGAAUAUGAAAAACGUUUUCCAUGGGGAACUAUAUCAAUUGGAAUUAUAUCUCAACGAGAUGGACUUAUUCAUACAUGUGAAAUCUAUUCGGAUGCAUUGUAUGUGAAUAUGAUCAAUCGUUUAAAAGAUAAUCUCGUUGGGAAAAUGUAUACGGGUGAAAGUAUUCGGAAUGUUUGUCAACAAACACAAAAACAAGUUGAAACGGACCAAGAAAAAGCAAUGAUAGAUGAUAUACAGUCAUGGAUUCUAACACAAAUUUAA